CGGGGUUUUCCGGAAUUUGGGGAGAACUGCAGGGGGAACGAUAUGGCUUUUUCGAGUCAGCCCUUGCGGCAACUGCAGGGACCUCUGCUCCCACCCAAGGACUUGUUGGCGGAGGACGAUGACUGUCUGAAGGAGGACGUGGAGGAGGAUGAAGACCUGGAGUUUGUGGAUGCCGAGGAGCUCUGCAGUGGAGGCGUCAAGGCUGGUACCCUCCCCGGGCGCCUCCACGUUGUAAUUUCUGAUGAAAACACGCAAGAGCAAUGUGACGUGUUUGGACGUUUUCCAGUAACGGGUCCUUGGUGGCGAGUGAAAGUGCACGUGAAACCUGUGGGAUCAAGGAGCUAUCAAGUUCAAGGAUUUCCAUCUUACUUUUUACAGAGUGAUAUGUCACCGCCAAAUCAAAAACAAAUCUGUUCCCUGUUUCUUAAAGACUGCAAUUUCUCCAGUGAUUAUAUAAAUAAAUUUUUAGCAUGGGUAAAUGCUGUAUCAAGCUAUAAAAACCUCAACUUUGGAAAUAUUAGGGAAACAUUAAGAACGUUCCAAAAGGAAACUGGAAAGAAGGGUCAAAAACAGUCUACACAGAAUGAAGAGGAAGAGUCUCUACUGGAAAAUGAGAUGUGCCUCCCUGUGGAAAACACGAUUCCAUUUAUAAAUGUAAUGACAGCUUUGCAGUUUCCAAAAGUAAUGGAAUUCCUUCCAGUUCUUCUGCCUCGACACUUUAAACGGCUCAUAAGCUCGGGUUCUACGAAGGUGUUGGAAGACAUAGAAGAGAUGUUAGGUACACAUCCAUGGAAACUUGGAUUUAGUAAAAUAACCUACACAGAACUGAAGCUUUUGCAAUGCGAGGCAAGUUGGACAUCAUUUUGUCAGUGCAAGUCUCUUCUCCGGUUGAUGAGUGAUUUGGAGAAGAAUGCAUUAAUAAUAUAUUCAAAACUGAGGCACAUAUGUCGAGACCAAGGGCACACAUGCAUUGAAGAAGCUGACUUAACUUCUAAGUUGUCAGACCAGAUGUCCUUCCAAGAGGCUUGGCAGUCUCUGAAGUUUUUGAAGGACAUUGGUGUGGUGACAUACGAGAAGGGCUGUGUCUUCCUUUAUGACCUCUACCAGGCUGAGCGAGGCAUUGCCUCUUCCAUAUGUGACCUGAUGACGAGGCCUCCAUGGCAUUUACGGGUGGAUGUCAAGAGGGUGCUGGCAUUAAUUCACACCACGAACCCUGAGAAUUCAAGAAGCGACGAGACACUGAACGAAAGCCAACUGGACAAAUCAAGUUUAGAAAACUCUGUGGACAUUCUGGAACCCCAGGACAGUGGUGACCACGUUUGGGAAAACGGUGAAAAUGACGUGAACGCAGAAAUAAGUGAAGCUCAACUGGACCAGGGUCAAGUGGCUGCUUUGGAAAUGGUUUGCUCCAAUGCCGUGACGGUCAUCAGUGGGAAAGGCGGCUGUGGGAAGACCACCAUCGUUAGCCAUCUUUUUAAGCAUAUGGAGCAGUUGGAAGAAAGAGAGGUAAAAAAAGCCUGUGAGGAUUUUGAACAGGACCAGGAUGUCCCAGAAGAAUGGAUCACCUUUACCAAGCAAAGCCUUCAGAAGGCCGACAAGGCGCUAGAGGUGUUACUCACUGCCCCAACUGGGAAAGCAGCCGGCUUACUGCGGGAGAAAACUGGUUUUAAUGCUUACACACUGUGUCAGGUCAAUUACAGCUUUUAUUUAUGGGAGAAGAAAAGCCCGGCCAAGAACCGUCCGUGGAAGUUUUCUUCAGUUAGAGUUCUGGUUGUGGACGAAGGGAGUUUGGUAUCCGUCAGAAUCUUCAAGUCCGUUCUGAAGUUAUUGUGUGAGCACUCCAAACUUUCCAAGCUUAUUAUCCUUGGUGAUAUUAGACAGUUGCCCAGCAUCGAACCUGGUAACUUGCUGAUAGAUCUUUUUGAGACUCUUAAGUCAAGAAAUUGUGCUAUUGAACUAAAGAAAAACCAUAGAGCAGAAUCUGAGCUAAUUGUGAACAAUGCCACAAGAAUCUCAAGACGCCAAUUUCCAAUAUUUGAUGCAGAGCUGAAUAUCUCUGAUAAUCCAACACUCCCUGUGUCAAUACAAGAUAAAACAUUUAUUUUUAUCAGACUCCCAGAAGAGGAUGCCAGCUCUCAAUUAUCGAAAAAUGAUCCUCACUCUUAUUUAUAUUCUGCAGUUAGAACCCUACUCAAAGAAAAUGACCUUCAAGACGCACAAACAUCCCAAUUUAUUGCAUUUAGAAGGCAAGACUGUGACGUCAUCAACGCCUGCUGUUGCAAGCACUACACGGGCCACCUAAUCAAAGACCAUCGGAAUAGGCUUCAGUUUGGAGUUGGUGAUAAAAUUUGCUGUACCAGGAAUGCAUAUCUCUCAGAGUUACUCCCUGAAACUACCUCUCCCAGUCAGGAAAGUGAUGAACGAGAGGCCAGUGGUGACGAUUUUAAUGGUACUCCUCAUGGUUUUGCUAAAAAUAAGCAUGACUUUGAAAGUGAUAUUCGACUCUGCAAUGGAGAAAUAUUUUUUAUAACAAAGGAUGUCACUGAUGUAACUUUUGGAAAGAGAAGAUCUUUGACCAUUAAUAAUGCAGCUGGUUUGGAAAUAACUGUGGACUUCGAAAAACUAAUGAAAUAUUGUCACAUAAAACAUGCAUGGGCAAGAACUAUCCACACUUUUCAGGGGUCCGAGGAGAAGACGGUCGUGUACGUGGUUGGGAAGGCGGGCCGCCAGCACUGGCAGCACGUUUACACCGCGGUGACCAGGGGCCGUUGCCGAGUGUACGUCAUCGCGGAAGAGUCUCACCUCCGGGGUGCAAUUAUGAGAAGCAGCGUUCCCAGAAAAACUCGCUUAAAACAUUUUUUGCAAAACGAGCUCUCCAGGAGCUGUGCGUCCCCAACAGAUUUCGCCUCCCCGUUGCGGAGCUCUGGAGAGUGCAGAGGACCGAGCACACAGCCCUCAGGGUCCCCAUUCCCUCCAGUCGAAACCAGCAAUGUGACCACCGAUGUCCCCGGAAAGGGAAGCGAGGCCUCUGCGGCUGAGGACUGGACGUUUGCCUAUCCCGGAGAAUGGACAUCAUCUUUCUCCGUUGAAGUCAACCGAGAGGAAGAUCCAGCAGAACUUCGCGGGUCCAAAAGGGCCUGUGGCCUGAGUGAUGCUGAAAGUCCAAGCAAAAUGCGGAUGGUGGAAGAAUCCUCUCCGCAUGUGUCUUCCAGACUACAGAAUUUGAGACUAAAUCGUUUAACCCCCAAGCAACUUUUCUUAUCCACAAAUAAUCAAGAAACUUAAUUUUGUUUCAGAUGGCUCAAAGUAAUUCUCUGUCUUUUUUCCUAA